CGAAAACAUCGCUGUUGGCUACUGAGGUGUGUUUGCCAUUUAAUUUAACACAGAUUGGUUACAUUGUAUCGCUUGAAGCGUGGUUUUAAGGACACGCUCUGUUUUGAACUGGAAACUUUUCACCGGAAAGAAGAAGAAGUGAAAGUUUGUAGCUGUGAGGGGUUUUGCUGAGCUGGUUCGAGUUAACAUGCACAUGGUGUGUGGGAUGUCGCUGUACCGUCAUUAGAACGACUACAAAGAGAAAAGGGGAAUUCGUCACAGUAGUGCAUUAUCGCCAAACUAAAACACGCCACACACACUCCGUUAAGGCUAGCUACUGAGGACUUCGGGAUGGAACGACUUCGGAAACUUAGUUUAUCUUUGGCUUUGAUCCUGCCUUGUUUACAAUGGACAACUUGUUUCAAUCUGGAUAUUGACAAGCCCUAUGUUUUCUCUGGACCUGAAGGAAGUUAUUUUGGAUUUUCAGUGGAUUUCUUCCAGCCAGAUGCCAAGCAGUCAAACAUUCUUAUAGGAGCUCCCAAAGCCAACACCUCCUCACCUUCCACCGUGGUGGAGCGAGGGGCAGUCUAUACCUGUCCGUGGCAGAAGAGUAGUGACUGUACCCAAGUACAGUUUGACAAUACUGAUGAUCGUAAGAAUAACGAGGGGCUCCAGAUGGAGUUUAAGUCCAACCAGUGGUUUGGAGCCACGGUACGGUCACAUGGUGAACACAUCCUGGCCUGUGCUCCUCUCUACCAGUGGAGCACGUACAGCGUGUCAGAGAGAGAGCCUGUUGGAACAUGUUUCCUGAAGAAAGGAACAGAAGUUGUUGAAUAUUCUCCUUGCCGAUCUAAAGCCAACUCUCCAGAGGGACAAGGCUUCUGUCAGGCUGGAUUCAGUAUUGACUUUGUCAAGAAUAACAGGGUGGUUGUUGGAGGCCCUGGUAGUUUCUACUGGCAAGGUCAGCUGAUAAGUGAUGAUAUCUCUGAGAUCAUCACCAGGUUCAAUAGACAAUACUACACUCCUUACAGUAACCAGCUGACCACUAAGUCUGCCAGCGCUCAGUACGAUGACAGUUAUUUAGGUUAUUCUGUGACUGUCGGUGACUUCAAUGCUGACGGAGAAGAUGAUUACAUUACCGGAGUACCCAGGGGAGACAAAGCUCUGGGCUAUGUGAACAUCUUCAAUGGGAGGAAUAUGCAGUCUGUCCUGAACUUCACAGGAACACAGAUGGCUGCCUACUUUGGCCAUUCUGUGGCAGCGACCGACAUCAAUAACGAUGGGCUGGUGGAUCUGUUUGUGGGAGCCCCUCUGUUCAUGGACCGUGGUAGUGAUGGGAAGCUGAGGGAGGUGGGCCAGGUGUCUGUGUUCCUGGCGAAGGGAGGCUUCUCCUUCCACACACCCAUCACACUGAGUGGGACAGAGAUCUACUCACGCUUCGGCAGUUCUAUCGCCACACUGGGGGACCUGGAUAUGGACGGCUUCAACGGUAUGUACGAGGCCUUAACGACUUCCUCCUCUGGUAACGUCAUGUCUAACUGUCUGACAGACUUCCUCUCUGGUAACGUCAUGUCUAACUGUCUGACAGACUUCCUCUCUGGUAACGUCAUGUCUAACUGUCUGACAGACUUCCUCUCUGACUUCCUCUCUGGUAACGUCAUGUCUAACUGUCUGACAGACUUCCUCUCUGGUAACGUCAUGUCUAACUGUCUGACAGACUUCCUCUCUGGUAACGUCAUGUCUAACUGUCUGACAGACUUCCUCUCGGGUAACGUCAUGUCUAACUGUCUGACAGACUUCCUCUCGGACUUCCUCUCUGGUAACGUCAUGUCUAACUGUCAGACAGACUUCCUCUUGGGUAACGUCAUGUCUAACUGUCUGACAGACUUCCUCUCUGGUAACGUCAUGUCUAACUGUCUGACAGACUUCCUCUCUGGUAACGUCAUGUCUAACUGUCUGACAGACUUCCUCUCUGGUAACGUCAUGUCUAACUGUCUGACAGACUUCCUCUCUGACUUCCUCUCUGGUAACGUCAUGUCUAACUGUCUGACAGACUUCCUCUCUGGUAACGUCAUGUCUAACUGUCUGACAGACUUCCUCUCUGGUAACGUCAUGUCUAACUGUCUGACAGAUUUCCUCUCUGGUAACGUCAUGUCUAACUGUCAGACAGACUUCCUCUCUGGUAACGUCAUGUCUAACUGUCUGACAGACUUCCUCUCGGGUAACGUCAUGUCUAACUGUCUGACAGACUUCCUCUCUGACUUCCUCUCUGGUAACGUCAUGUCUAACUGUCUGACAGACUUCCUCUCUGGUAACGUCAUGUCUAACUGUCUGACAGACUUCCUCUCGGGUAACGUCAUGUCUAACUGUCUGACAGACUUCCUCUCUGACUUCCUCUCUGGUAACGUCAUGUCUAACUGUCUGACAGACUUCCUCUCUGGUAACGUCAUGUCUAACUGUCUGACAGACUUCCUCUCGGACUUCCUCUCUGGUAACGUCAUGUCUAACUGUCAGACAGACUUCCUCUUGGGUAACGUCAUGUCUAACUGUCUGACAGACUUCCUCUCUGGUAACGUCAUGUCUAACUGUCUGACAGACUUCCUCUCUGGUAACGUCAUGUCUAACUGUCUGACAGACUUCCUCUCUGGUAACGUCAUGUCUAACUGUCUGACAGACUUCCUCUCUGGUAACGCCAUGUCUAACUGUCUGACAGACUUCCUCUCUGACUUCCUCUCUGGUAACGUCAUGUCUAACUGUCUGACAGACUUCCUCUCUGGUAACGUCAUGUCUAACUGUCUGACAGACUUCCUCUCUGGUAACGUCAUGUCUAACUGUCUGACAGACUUCCUCUCGGGUAACGUCAUGUCUAACUGUCUGACAGACUUCCUCUCGGGUAACGUCAUGUCUAACUGUCUGACAGACUUCCUCUCGGGUAACGUCAUGUCUAACUGUCUGACAGACUUCCUCUCUGGUAACGUCAUGUCUAACUGUCUGACAGACUUCCUCUCUGGUAACGCCAUGUCUAACUGUCAGACAGACUUCCUCUCGGGUAACGUCAUGUCUAACUGUCUGACAGACUUCCUCUCUGGUAACGUCAUGUCUAACUGUCUGACAGACUUCCUCUCUGGUAACGUCAUGUCUAACUGUCAGACAGACUUCCUCUCUGGUAACGUCAUGUCUAACUGUCUGACAGACUUCCUCUCUGGUAACGUCAUGUCUAACUGUCAGACAGACUUCCUCUCUGGUAACGUCAUGUCUAACUGUCUGACAGACUUCCUCUCGGGUAACGUCAUGUCUAACUGUCUGACAGACUUCCUCUCUGGUAACGUCAUGUCUAACUGUCUGACAGACUUCCUCUCGGGUAACGUCAUGUCUAACUGUCUGACAGACUUCCUCUCGGGUAACGUCAUGUCUAACUGUCUGACAGACUUCCUCUCUGGUAACGUCAUGUCUAACUGUCUGACAGACUUCCUCUCUGGUAACGUCAUGUCUGACAGACUUCCUCUCUGUUUCAAAGUGAAGUACUGUCUUAAGGCGAGUGGAAGAGGUGCACCAGCCUCACUGAAGUUCCAGGUUUACCUUGUCCUGGACAGACUCAAACACAAGGGGGCGACAAAGAGAGUUCUGUUCCUCCACAGCAAAACGUCCCAGUACACGAAAAACAUGACGGUCAGCAACGGCCAAGGACCAGCCUGCGAGGAGCAAGAAGCCUUCCUCAUAGAUGACUCUGAGUUCCGGGACAAGAUCACUCCCAUCUCUGUGUUCAUGGAGUUCAGCCUGGACUACCAGCAGGCUGCAGAUAAGACCGGUCUACUGCCUAUCCUGGAGCAGACUACCCCCACCAACAUCUCCAAACAAGCCCAUGUCCUACUGGACUGUGGAGAUGACAACAUCUGCAAGCCAGACCUCAAGCUGUCUGUAGUGAGUGACCAGAAGCAGAUCUACAUAGGAGAUGACAACCCCUUGACCCUGGAGGUGACAGCGGAGAACCGAGGAGAGGGGGCGUACGAGGCAGAGCUACAUGUCUUCCUUCCUCCCCAGGCUGACUUCACUGGGGUCGUACGCAACAGUGAGACUCUGUCUAGAUUAUCCUGUGCCUACAAGACAGAGAACCAGACCAGGGUGGUGGUGUGUGACCUGGGGAACCCUAUGAAAGGAGGAAUUAAGGUGCUGGCCGGACUCCGCUUCAGUGUUCAUCAGCUCUCAGAGCAGGACACGUUUGUCAAGUUUGACCUGCAGAUACAGAGUUCCAACCAGUUCAACAGCACCAGCAGUCUGGUCUCCAGCAUCACACAGCUGGCUGUUCUGGCCAAUGUGGAUAUCAGAGGGGUGGCGGCUCCUGACCAGGUCUUCCUGCCCAUCGCUAACUGGAAGCCCAAAGAGAACCUUGUCGUAGGAGACGACAUCGGUCCAGAAAUACAGCACAUCUAUGAGUUGCGUAACAGAGGUCCCAGUACCUUCAGCAAGGCCAUGCUGGACAUCGAGUGGCCCUACAGGUUCAACAACGGCUCUCUGCUCUACAUCACUAAACUAGAGGUGGACGGAGGCAUGAACUGCAGUACAGACAUGGAGAUCAACCCACUCAAUGUCUCAAAUCCUCUGUCAGGAGAGACAAAUGGUUCAGCUUCCACCAGUGGAGACAACACAGAGGGCAGGAACAGAAACCAUGUUCACCGCAGAGAGCUGGCGAGGAAAGAGAUGGAGGGAGACCUGGAAACUCUGGACUGUUCGAAGGCCCAGUGCCUGAAGAUCCGGUGUCAGAUGGGCCGUCUGGAGAGAGGUCAGAGUACAACCUUGUACAUCUACUCCAGACUGGGAGUGGCCACCUUCCUCAAGACUGAGAGCCAGAACCGAUCGUUCACCGUGAGAUCCUCCGCUUCCUUCAGCGUCAUAGAGAUGCCUUAUAACAAGAACCUGGUGUCUGAGCUGCCCUCCAACGCUAUUACGGUCAGUAUGUCAGUGAUCUGGGUGAAAUCUGAUCCUGAACCUGUCCCUGGGUGGGUGGUGGCCCUGGCUGUGCUGGCAGGACUGCUGCUGCUGGCUCUGCUGAUCUUCAUCAUGUAUAAGCUGGGUUUCUUCAAGCGUGUACGCCCCCCUCAGGAGGACAACACGGAGAAGGAACAGCUGGCACCGCAGGAGAAUGGUGACAGGAACAAUGAAGCCUGAGACCUCCAGCAACCCCCUAGAGGUCUCCAGACUUCAAUGCAACACCAGGACCAUCAUCUACACAGUAUCUCACGAGUAGAACAUUUUGCAAAUCACAAAAAAAAAAAGAGUCCCAUCUAGCCAGCAGAUAUUUAGGAGACCUCAUGCGCUGUCCUAACCAGUUAACAGUUACCAGUUGGUGUCUUGAUAAUAGAAAAAGGCAGCUUAGUCUGUGGUUCCUGCACCAUAGACAGAUUCCUGCACCAUAGACAGGUUUCUGCACCAUAGACAGAUUCCUGCACCAUAGACAGGUUCCUGCACCAUAGACAGGUUUCUGCACCAUAGACAGGUUCCUGCACCAUAGACAGGUUUCUGCACCAUAGACAGGUUUCUGCACCAUAGACAGGUUUCUGCACCAUAGACAGGUUCCUGCACCAUAGACAGGUUUCUGCACCAUAGACAGGUUUCUGCACCAUAGACAGGUUCCUGCACCAUAGACAGGUUUCUGCACCAUAGACAGGUUCCUGCACCAUAGACAGGUUUCUGCACCAUAGACAGGUUUCUGCACCAUAGACAGGUUUCUGCACCAUAGACAGGUUCCUGCACCAUAGACAGGUUUCUGCACCAUAGACAGGUUCCUGCACCAUAGACAGGUUUCUGCACCAUAGACAGGUUCCUGCACCAUAGACAGGUUUCUGCACCAUAGACAGGUUCCUGCACCAUAGACAGGUUUCUGCACCAUAGACAGGUUUCUGCACCAUAGACAGGUUUCUGCACCAUAGACAGGUUUCUGCACCAUAGACAGGUUUCUGCACCAUAGACAGGUUCCUGCACCAUAGACAGGUUCCUGCACCAUAGACAGGUUUCUGCACCAUAGACAGGUUCCUGCACCAUAGACAGGUUUCUGCACCAUAGACAGGUUUCUGCACCAUAGACAGGUUUCUGCACCAUAGACAGGUUCCUGCACCAUAGACAGGUUUCUGCACAAUUGACAGUCAAUUACUUUUGAGUUGAAAGAAUGUUUAGCUAUUUCUUUGAUCAACCCAUAAAUAAUCUAGACUUACAUCUGUCGCUGUUGACAACGAUUUCACAAGAGGCCUAAUUCACAUGAUAUGACUAAAUAACUAUAGCCACUAGGCCAGGGCUGCCCAACCCUCUUCCUGGAGAUCUACUGUCCUGUAGGUUUUCAGUCCAACCCUCUUCCUGGAGAUCUACUGUCCUGUAGGUUAUCAGCCC